AUGGACGACGACGAGUCUGUCGACCUUCUCCAGCAAAUAUUUGAAUUGAAGAUCCUGGAUUGGGAUACGGAGGGUUCAAUCAUCCCAGAGACUAAUGUUAAUCAAGCUGUCAAGAGUGCGUAUGAGGACGCAUUAAAGCCUACUGGCAAUAUUGGAGCACCAUCUGCAGGCAUAGAACGAUGUCAUAUUUUGGACCAGGGGAAGGAUGAGAUCGCAAAACAAAAGCCAAAGCGAGGCAGGCCACGAAAGAGAGUUGUUCAACGUCGUGUAAAGUUGGUACCCAUACUCCCACCUGAUGGACCAGCUCAGAACAUCAAGCAUACAAAUGCACGAGUCAUCCGUGCUACAAUCAGUCCGGUCCCAGAGAGUGUGUCACAAGACGUCGAUGUGCUUCGUGAUAGCCUGACUGAUCUACACCUCGCGAGCACAAUAGACGAGGAGGAUGAGCAAUGGAAGAUGGCUGAUGAUGAAGAGUCGCAUACAGCUGACGUCUUGCAGCAGAUCAUGUUAUCUGGCAUCCUGGAUUGGAGCCCACUAGAAGACGAUAACUCAAAUAGCGAUGAUGAUGUGAGGGCACAGUCAAAGAAAAGAGAUGUCAGGGGCAUACCAAAACAGACGGAUAAUUCAAAGGUACAUAAACAACGCCGUCCACGUGGACGACCAGCACGAAAAGCGACUACACAUCGACAACGUCAAGAGGUAAUGGUAUCAACGGAUAAGAUAUCAUCAUCCAAGGAGCUGCGGAAUCGUAAUUCUAGGUGCAUCAUCCGUGCUACAAGCAAACCCGUCCAGGACGACAAGCAUGAAUAUGUGGGUCACUGCGAGCGUGACAAUGACAAUGACCUAUGCAUAGAGGAGGAUGAACCAAGAAAUGGUCGAUCAAGUAAUAGGCGACUCAGGGGACGUCCGAAAAGGCGCGUUGUGCGUGCCAGAGAGACCGCGUCCAAACGGGCAGUCGUUCAUGAAUCACAUUUAAGUGAAUUUCAAUCGAACACCCAUCGGAGUCCAACACACUCUCGCAGCAGAAUACCUGAUGAUGAGUAUAGGUUAUCUCCACCACCAGAGGCCAUCGGUCAAUCGCCUUCGCGUGAAGCCUCACCACCUACGAUACCUGAACUGACAGUCGAGGAAAUCGCUUCUCGUGCAAUGGCCAGACCGGGUGUUUGGACAUCUGUUUUAGACACUUGGGCAAGUCUCGGGUUGAAUGAGUGGCUUGAGGCCACAGUAGCAGACUUUUAUUUGUCCCAUGUGUGGUAUGAGCUGCUUGGCAGAUCACGCAUGAGAUACAUGAAUAUGCAUACAGCAAUGGCGGCCGAGAUGGAGGAUGAGGAAGUGGAGCUCUUCCGGAGGAGCUCUUUUAUACCUCCUGAUGGCAUAUGUCCUAUUGUCCCUGUUGGAUUCGUAGUCCACCACUCCGAUCAUUUCUUUACAGUGAUUUUUGACUAUCAGCGACAAAAGGCCCAUGUCCUGGGUCGCCAUAUAUCCAACGACGCGAUGGACAUCGACGGACUAGAUCCAGACGACUGGAACGAGUGGAGAGGACCGGAUUAUUGGAGGAGAAUUGGUGCCCUUCAUGGCUGGGGCACAGGGGAUGUCGCUGAUGUGUCUGUGAUAUCAAUGGAUUGGGAGCAAAAUGGAGUAGAUUGCGGUCCAAUUGCUUGCUCCGUGCUCGAGCAAUGCCUCAGCGCUGGAUUAGAUGAGCACGGUAACUUGCCAGUGUUUCAAGUUCAGUGCGGCCACAAGCUGCGCAUCCAGAUCUUGGGUCUGAUUGCUGGUCGUGUCAGGCUCUGUUGUAGCGACUAUCUCAUGCUCCUUGAUGUCGCACGAGAGGAAUGGCGAGAGGACGAGCUGCCAGGCGAAGAUAUCAUCAAUGCGAUUCAGAAUGGGCGGCACCAGGCUGAAUGCCUAAAGCUCCUGCGGAAAUUGACCGUUGUUAGCGCAACCUGCUCAAUAUGUCAACGUCCCGUGGUAAAUCAGGAGAUGGAUCACCCCUCACACAAUGGCAAGAAUGGAGUUCGAACCCCAGUCGAUCAGGAGGAUGGUUGUGACGCUGAACGGAGUGAUGAAGAGGAUUCCAUGGGUACGACCCUGCCUACGGGUAGAAAGAAGAACCUCGCGAAGCUUUUCAAAGCAAUCAAGCAACUGACUGGAUCUCGAAAUCGGAAUGAUAUAGUCCCUCGUGCGGUUGGCACGCACAUUCAAGUCGAGCCGGACACGCAACCUGAUGUCCAGGAUACCACCGACUCACAACGCUCUGUAUCCGCCUCAGCAUCUCGUAGGAGAGUGAAAGAUUGGCAUCUUGGAAGCAACAAACGAUUUCCACGUCCCAUUGCACCGCGCUCUCUGGCUGCAUAUGCAGGUCGGAGGUGGAUUCCCGAUGACCGCACGUUCGACGAUUAUGAAGGUGGACCAACGAUCGAGAUGUUAGUAACUCCCAGGGAAAUCAAUCAGGCGAUGACAUUCCAGGCGGGAGGAAUCCAGAUCUCCACUGCUUGGGUGCACUGGGUUGAUCAUGGCUACCGCAUCACCCCUAGCUCAUUCCAUAUAUUCUAUCAAUGCGACCCCAUAGCCACCAUGGACCAUGUCAUGCCCAUUGGCACAACCGACUCCCAUGAUCCUUCAAGUCAGGUUCCAGACCGCGUAACAGGCGCAUAUAGUCUGGCUCGACUAGGGUCAGAUGGGGGAGCACGUCAAACGCACGUCGCAGAUGUAGAAAUUCUGGCUGCAUCUGAACUGAUCGACUCUGCCCAACAUGAUCCCCCACUCCAUCAUCAAUGUAGGUUCGGACACAACGCCUUUGUUCGUGGCUGCACCAGUCAUCGUUAUGGCGAUGGCACGUCCUUGUAUGUCGACCUUGAACGAGAUUCCGUUAGAUUUUCAGAAGACGAAAUAGAGAUUUCUUUAGACAUAGACAGUAUCAUUUGGACCACGAAGGAGUUCCGAUGCAUGGGGUCCGUGGGGAUCUAUCUCACUCCGUCAUUUCAAACGAAACCUGGCAUAUUCAAGCACAAUCACACAUAUGUCGACAUCACAAUUCCACAGUCAGAAGCAGAUGCCAGUGCGCCCGGUGGUAGGACAGAAUGGUUGUCAAAACGAUUUCCGAUGUCUGCCAUCCCUCAUACCGGUAUUGGGCGCAUAUCCUCGGCUUCAUCGACACUCAAUCUAUAUAUCGCAUUUCCUAGGAUGAUACAUCAACACCCAGUAAAUGGGCGAAGAAUCACGCUGAUGCCAAAGGAAACUUUGGACAUCUUUUGGGAUAGAGUGCUACUUCCAUCCAUAGGUGACUGCACUGAUGUUAGUUGGGCGCCUUACCUUAAGCACACAUUGGAGGAGGCACGAUACAAGGCUAGAGGUGGUGAUGGACGAAAGGCUGGAUGGGGCGCUCCAAAGACAAUACCACUGUCGAAUGAUGACUUCAUGGAUGUGCAGGAGCGCAUGGAAGCUCGCAUACGCGAUGGAGAGGGCGAGCUGAGCAUGUAUGGGUCGUCUUUCUUUAUUCUAGAAGGAAAGGGAAUCAAGCUCCUUACCAAGGAUGGUCAGCGAGGGCGUUUCGAAGGGCCGGAAGAGGCACUGCGUCGAAAUCUGUCCGACCUUGACUGGCCAUACAUGAUGAACAGGAGGCAUGGCGAGCUGCUGGUGGACGUGGGGAUCUCAUUUACGCCUCACUCCCCAGAUGUUCCAGUGGUAGGAGUGUGGAGAUUAGACGCGUUGGAGGCAUCAUUUGGAGCAGGAGGCUACAAGAGGGGUGAAAUACAUCAUCACAACACGCUCUCUAGAUAUGGGGCAAUGCAGGCCGAGAUGCAGCAGGAGAGAUCUCAACAAACCCACAUCGCAUUCAGGAGCACCUACAACCUCUACUAUGAGUCAAUACGGACGAACAACAACCAAGCGAAUUUCGCAUCUGACAGUGAUGCAUACAAGCUGUCCCCAUCUUACAUGGCUGAAUGCUUCGAAAUCGCAAAGGUUGUCGAUGGUUGCAAGGAUAAAACAUAUGGUGUUAGGGACGAGUAUAGGGUCAGUGGACAUGCAGCCAGAAUAAUGCUGGAUAAUAUGGAAAGCAAGGCUAGAGAAUACCUGCAGUCAGAUCCAAUCCUGUGGGUCCCAUCCAAAAUCUGGUUCGAGCUUAUCAGGCGGCGGGUGCGGGAGAUUCAGAGGACCCAGAUAUCCAUCGUCAAAAAGAAUCCUCCAAAUCUCGGGAUUCUUACUGGCUUGCUAAACCACAUGCUUCGCUCAACUACAUCAACCCCUAUCGUCUAUGACUUUCACGUCCGCGAAUCCCUCGCCCUCCUUGAAUAUAGAAAUGUCCUCGAGACAGCAGGGAUGUUUUUCUUACAGGAAUUCGAUUUGGACAGCGAUACCUGCCUGGAGGAGGUCCAGCAAAUCGAUGACGUGAAUGUCCUGGCCCUGAUGGGCGUCAAUGCAAAGGCUCAGAGGGAUAGAGCAGUAGGAAGGAUGCAUGCAUGGCGAAGUUCUGAGUCAGAGCUGGAGGACUAUCCCAUUGGUCGGACACCGACAUGGACCCGACUUAAGGCAGCCCUUGCAAACUCACCUGCAAUGAUUAUGAGACCAUGGAUGUGGUCGUCCAGGUUAUCCAACACUCAACUCUCUGUCGGACGUUUGAUCGUCAUGUUCACGAGGCAGAUGUGGCUUAUGCUGACACCCGAAGUAUUCAAAGGCAUCCAACCCCACCCAAACUCGCUCCAGGAGGCCAUGAAGUGCUGGACGAUAACAAGCAUCGAUGAUACGCUCAGUGCAGUUGCCUUCGAAGCGUGCAAUGCUGGGCUGCAUGACAGUACAGGUGUAACUCCAGGUCGCAUGGGUCCAAAGUCGAGAACAUUUGCGGACAGGUGCUCGCUAUUCUUUCCUGACCCUGAUGCCUCCCAUAAAAACAACACUCAGUGGUCUACGCUUUGGGAGGGAGAUGGAUACAUCGCGGAGUUUCACAAGAUAAUGAAGGCAAUGGCGGAGGAUCAGCAGAAAUUGCUCAAGAAAGGGUUACACGAAGUAUUUUCAGACUUGCACUGUCUUCCUGCAAGCAGUCAGAGAGUGUGGAUACAGAGGAACGAUGCCAUAUUAUUCACAACAAAUCCUGCAUUUUACAGGAUCGACUGUGUUGGAAGGGGGGCAGAGAGUCAAAGGAAAGCCCCAAGAGCACGUCGUGCCAUGAAGUUGAUCAAGGGCAGGCGCAUAUUUGCAGCUGACCUGAUGGACUCACAGCCAUUCGACACGGAUGGCAAUGUCCGGAGAAAGACAGCGAGGCAAAAGCGUCGGGAGAUUCAGAAGAAGAUGACGAUGGCCAAGAGAAACAAGAGGGUUCCCCCUCCCCCACGUCCUCGGAAAUCAAGGCCAUUUCCUAUGGACAUAGGAGAAUCAGUGGAGAGAGAUGAUGAAAUGGAUGUCGAUUAG